GCACGAGUCGUGCUUCAUACUCACGCACGUCAGUAGUGUGGAAGUUGUCAGAGCUGUUUAUAACCUACAUGUCUGUCUGGUUUCACACCGGAUAGUUUAGUAAUGGCGUCUAAACGCCGGCCGGGUGAGAGCGUGAAGACAGAGCAGAAGAAGAAGAAGACGAAGAGCUGUGAGGAGACAGCUGAACUUUGUCCGGUGCUGGGAGACGAGCAGGUGAAGAGGACCGUGAAGGAGGCGUGGAGACAGAGGACUGACUGCGCCCACGGGGAUCUGGAGUUGGACUUCCACCCCUUCCCUCACUGCAUCAUCAGGAACUUCCUCAGCAGCGAGACCUUUGUGGAGAACCUGCAGAAAGAACUGCUGGAGCUUAACUUCCACGAGAAGUCAAACGAUCUGUACAAAUUCAAACAGUCGGAUGACCUGAAGAAGAGAACAGAGCCACAUAUCGCAGGACUGAGGGCAGCACUGUUCGGGCAUUUCGGCUCCUGGCUCGGGGAUGUGUUGGGGGUUGAACUGGAGCCCACAGUGGAUAUUUCUUGUGCCAAAUAUGAGUACACAGAUGUUCUUUUGUGUCAUGAUGAUGAAUUGGAGGGGAGGCGCGUUGCUUUCAUUCUGUAUCUCGUGCCUCCGUGGCAGAGCAGUGAUGGAGGAACCCUCGAUCUCUACACAACAGACAGUAAUUUCCAACCGCAGAGCAUAGUGAAGUCGCUCGUUCCUUCUUUGAACACACUCGUUCUCUUUGAAGUGUCUCCGGUCUCCUUUCACCAGGUGUCAGAGAUUUUGACGCAGGACAAGUGUCGUCUGUCUCUGAGCGGCUGGUUUCACGGGCCAUCUUUGGAGCGUCCUCCUCGCCACAUAGAGGCCCCCAUCCCACGGAGCCCACACUUACCCAGAGAUGAAACAUUGCUGCUGGAGUGGGUCAAUCCAGUGUACCUGGACAUAUCCUACCAAGAGCAGAUUCAGGAGGAGUUUGAGGAGAGCUCUGAAAUUCAGCUCAAAGAUUUUCUCAAGGAGGAGAAGUUCAGGGAGGUGAGUGAAGCACUGAGACUCACUCAGAUUGAGUGGACGAAGAGAGGUCCGCCUAAUAAAAGUAAUAUUCAGGUGGAUUAUGAUGAAAAUGAGGAGGAUGUAAUGGAGGAUGAGGACUGCACACAGACAGACAGCGAGAGUGACAGUGUGGAGACAGAGAGGGAGGACAGUUCGGCCCCUACAGGAAGCUGCGGUGCCAAAUGUAAGACACAGGAAGAGAGUGGCGACAACCAGGCAGGUACUGCCAGUGCAGAGAUAUGCUAUGAAGUGGCCUCUCUGGAAACCUUCCCAGAGUGUGUGAGUGCAUGUUGGGAGCUGCUUCGAUCAGAGGCGUUCUUCCUCCUUCUGUCCAACUUCACCGGCCUUCGAUUGCAUUUCCUGUGUCCCGCUGAUGACGACGACGACGAUGAGAAUAAAGAUGAAGAGAAAGACAACGUACAGGAGGGAGAAGCCACUGGGUCUUCGACUGAAUCCCCAUCAGCAAACACGAGCAGAGAGAAAGAACUGAGCACGCCCGUGUGUUGUGGUGAACUGCGCCGAUGGUCUCAUGGCAGCUACACUCUGUUGCAUGAUGCAGAAGCAGCGCAGGCGGACUACGCUCUGGACCUCGUUUUACCUUUUUGUGGUGCAGACUGGCAGUCAGAGUUUGGGGGCUUCACGUGUUAUGUUGCCAAUGAAGAGGAUGAGGAGCUCCUGACAGUGUAUCCAGAAGAUAAUUCCCUCGCUCUUGUCUACAGAGACAAAGAAACCCUCAAAUUUGUCAAACAUGUCAACCACAAAAGCUCCUCUGGUUCUGCUAACGGCUCUACCUGCAGAGCAUUUCAUGACUUCUCUUUUGUGUAUUAUGAAUAAAUAAAUAUGUAUAUA